AUGGCGGAUGAGAAUUGUGAAAAUGUGGUAUAUCUUCAUGGAGACUUUGAUUUGAAGAUUAUAGAAGCUCGAAGGUUACCUAACAUGGAUUUAGUAACCGAACGUCUCAGUCGAUGCUUUACAGCUUUAGAUAUCUGCCGGAAACCGUUUACUCGCCGGAGAAGGAAAGGUCAUCGCCGGAAAAUCAUCACCAGUGAUCCGUAUGUGACGGUUUGCUUAACCGGCGCUACUGUGGCGCGUACGCGCGUGAUAUCGAAUUGUCAGGAUCCUGUUUGGAACGAGCAUUUUAAAAUCCCGCUUGCUCAUCCGGUUUCGGUUGUAGAGUUUCUGGUUAAGGAUAAUGAUGUAUUCGGUGCGGAUUAUAUCGGAGUUGCUACCGUGCUGGCUGAGAAGAUCAAGUCCGGUGAGCUAAUUGAUGAUUGGUUUCCUAUAAUUGGACCUUAUGGAAAACCUCCAAAGCCUGAUUGUGCAAUUCGGCUGCAAAUGAGAUUCAUACAUUGUGAUGGUAAUCCGUCUUAUAACGGCGGUAUAUCAGAAGAUUUUGGCCUGAAAGCGAGUUAUUUCCCGGUGAGGCACGGAGGAUCUGUUACUCUGUAUCAGGACGCUCACGUGCCUGACGGGAUGUUGCCGGAGAUUAAAUUGGAUGAUGAUAAGAUAUUUGAGCAUAGCAAGUGUUGGGAAGAUAUAUGUCAUGCGAUAUUGGAGGCACAUCAUUUGGUGUACGUGGUAGGGUGGUCAAUUUUUCACAAGGUGAAGCUGGUUAGGGAGCCAAGUAAGCCGUUGCCGAGCGGCGGAGAUUUGACACUUGGAGAGUUGCUUAAGUACAAAUCGGAGGAAGGUGUGAGGGUAUUGCUGUUGGUUUGGGAUGAUAAAACUUCUCACAGCAAGUUCUUCAUUCAAACGGAUGGAGUGAUGCAAACUCAUGAUGAAGAAACUCGGAAAUUUUUUAAGCACUCAUCCGUCAACUGUGUGCUGGCACCUCGUUAUGCGAGCAGUAAGCUAAGCAUUUUCAAGCAACAGGUGGUGGGAACACUUUAUACGCACCAUCAGAAGUGUGUGAUUGUGGACACACAAGCCAGUGGCAAUAACCGAAAGGUUUCAGCUUUCCUUGGCGGUCUAGACCUCUGUGACGGCCGUUAUGAUACACCUGAGCAUAGAUUAUUCCGUGAUCUUGACACAGUCUUCAAGGAUGAUUUUCAUAAUCCAACAUUUAGUACAGGAACCAAGGCACCGAGACAGCCAUGGCAUGACUUGCAUUGCAAGAUUGAAGGACCUGCCGCAUAUGAUGUACUCACAAACUUUGAGCAGCGAUGGAGAAAAGCCACAAAAUGGUCAGAGUUUGGAAGACGUUUGAAAAAGAUAUCUCAUUGGCAUGACGAUGCUUUGAUCAAAAUAGAAAGAAUUUCUUGGAUUACAAGCCCUUCCUCUUCUGUUCCAAAUGAUGACCAAUCUUUGUGGGUUUCCAAGGAAGAAGAUCCUGAAAACUGGCAUGUUCAGGUCUUUCGAUCUAUUGAUUCAGGGUCUUUGAAAGGAUUCCCAAAAGAUGUUCUUUUGGCAGAAUCACAGAACCUUGUCUGUGCAAAAAAUUUGGUGAUUGAUAGAAGUAUCCAGAUGGCAUAUAUUCAAGCAAUUAGACAGGCACAACAUUUUAUCUAUAUUGAAAAUCAAUAUUUCCUUGGGUCAUCAUACGCUUGGCCUUCAUACAAAGAAGCAGGUGCUGAUAAUUUAAUUCCCAUGGAGCUUGCUUUAAAAAUAGCCAGCAAAAUUCGGGCAAAAGAGCGGUUUGCUGUUUAUAUUGUCAUUCCAAUGUGGCCCGAGGGAGUCCCCACUUCUGCCUCAGUGCAAGAAAUUCUGUAUUGGCAGAGGCAAACUAUGAAAAUGAUGUAUGGAAUCAUUGCUCAAGAGCUAAAAUCUUCUCAACUUCAAGAUGUACAUCUUUCUGACUAUCUAAACUUCUAUUGUCUGGGUAAUCGAGAAGAAUUACAUGGAGAGUCAAAGUCUAACUAUGCUUCAAAUGGCGAUUUGAUUUCAGCUUCACAGAAAUUUGGACGGUUUAUGAUAUAUGUACAUGCCAAGGGGAUGAUAGUGGACGAUGAGUAUGUCAUUUUAGGAUCUGCCAAUAUUAACCAAAGAUCUAUGGCUGGUUCAAGAGACACAGAGAUAGCUAUGGGCGCGUAUCAACCUCAUCACACUUGGGCUAUGAAGAAAAGACAUCCACAUGGCCAGGUAUAUGGUUAUAGAAUGUCUCUAUGGGCAGAGCACAUGGGCAAGUUAGACGAUAUCUUCACAAAGCCAGAAAGUUUGAACUGCGUGAAGCAUGUAAAUGAGGUUGCUGAAGAUAACUGGAAAAGAUUUACAGCUCAUGAAUUCAAACCUUUACAAGGUCAUCUUCUCAAGUAUCCCGUCCAAGUAGGUACUGAUGGGCAAGUAAGUUCCUUGCCUGGUCAUGAAUAUUUUCCUGAUGUUGGUGGUAAAAUACUAGGAGCUCGAACCAAUCUUCCUGAUGCUUUAACCACAUAACUCUUCCCGUCUUCCGGUUUUGUAAUGCCUGUAAAUCAAACCAAUUUCGUAUAGAAUUGGUGAGAAUAACUAGCAGAAUUCCAACUCAGUGAGCAAGAAAUAUAUCAUCUUGGUUGCUGUCGAAGUUGCGCAUCAUGUUUACUAAUGUUAUACCAUUCUUUGUUAUACUAAUAAUGUAAUAUAUAUCUUGUUCAUGAUGAUCUCAAGAAUCUCUCCAAAUGUACAGUUAACUUUAAGGUAAUUUCAACAGAUGCAGAGUGAAAAUUUUCGGCCAUUUGCGGUUAUCUAUAUCCCUUUCUACUAUGAGAAUUAUAUUUUUAUUCUUUAGUUUCAUUGCUGUGAAUACGGAUAAGUCCAUAAAGGUCAGGAGAUACUAUGUUGCUCGGAUUCUCCAAAAACGCUCUACUUAUGGAUGAUUGACAACAUUUUUGAAGAGUUUAAGCAACUGAAACGGGUAUGUUAUUUUACCAUCAGGAGGAAGGUUGAACUUUUUGAUGUUACAAAAGCAACAUUACAGUCCAAAAAAGCUGGUAUUAAUCACAAAAUGACAUUACAUGGAUACAUAUGCAACUUUAAUUUCCUGAGUUUUCAUUACACCUCAAAAAGAGAAGGGCAAUACUAAAAGGAAAAUGUUGAAAUUGAUGGGAACUCAAAUCAACUUUUACAAAACA